AUGCCAGCGAAAAAGGCCAGUCGCGCGAAGUCGUCUCCGGCGCUCGCUGCCAAGGAGUUAGAGUUAGCGCAGGAAGCCGAGCUUCUGCGCCAGGAGACGCAAAAGGGGCGUCUCCGAAACGAGGAGUGUGAACUGCGUCAACGCAUCGAGGAAGAGGAGCGAAAGCUGCUCGAGGCGCAUCGGGUUCGCGAAAGGGAUGUUCGCAACACGUUAGCUGAGGUGGAGCGCAAGGCCUACUACGAUGCCAGGGAGCAAGAAAUGUCGGCCAACGUUGCGCAGAGAGUACAGGAGCUGCAGGAGGCUCAGGCGACGCUGGCGCUCAAGGUGCAGGAGAACGACUUGCUCGAGAAAGAGAAAGCGUCGGCGCUGCGCCGAGUAGCGCUACUAACAAAUGAAUUGGAGCUGACGCAGCUGCGGCACACGGACUCGCAGCAGCGGGCGGUUGCAGCGGGCCAGGCAUACCAAGAAGCGCAGCGGAAGUGGGAGACAGAGUACGAUGCACUGCAGCAGGCUCAUCAAGAGCUGGAGAUGAAGUACGCUACGCUGGAGGGCCAGCAGGCAAGGGCAGCUAGUGCUGCAGAAACUGCUGCCGUCGACGAUGAUUCAAGGGUUGAGAAGGCUGCGGCAGUGACACUGUCAGGCGACGACGAGACAGCCAUGCUCCUGCGUGUGAUGCAGACUGAGGCGGAGCGCUACAAGGCGACGGCCACGCAGCUACAGGAGGAAGUAACUCACGUUCGCAAGCAGGAGGAGAAGUCAAACUUACUGAUCGGCAUCCUGAACACGCAGCUGGAGUCUGUGCGCGAGGACAAUAAGCGGCUACACGAACUUGCCCAGAAGCGGCAGGCGGAGCUGGAGGUGUCCGGGCAGCUGCGCCGCGACGCGCAAGAGUCCCGCCAGAGUGCACUGCGGGAGGUGGAGCAGACCCUCUCCGCCGCCGCCGUACAGCAGCGCCAGCUGGAGCUGGAGCUCGACGUGCAUCGCACAGAGGUUGAGAAGCUGACGGUCGAGCUGUGCGAAGCGCGGCAGGAGUGCGCGGCAGUGAAAGAAGAACUCAAGGAGGUCUCGCAUCAAGCAACCCAGCAGGCGAAAACUGACCACGCCACCAACAUGGCGAUGCAGGUGGAGUUGGCCAAUCAGAGGAAAGAGCUCGAGCUCGCUUUGAAAGCCAAGGAGACGGCUGAGGAUGGCAGGUUUAACCAUAAGAUUCUCACCCGUGCCGAGAUUGACAGCCUCAAGACACGGCUGCAGCGACUGCAGGAGACGAUGGAGCGCAAGGAUCGCGAGGCAUUCGAGACCAUUGCGGUGCUCAAGGCAGACAUCGCGAAGGAGGAGUCUGUAAGUGAUCAGCUUCGCCGUGAGCAUGAGCUGGAUACGAAUGUGCUACAAGCGCAGCUCACGACGACGACGACGGAGCGUGACUCCCUUCGUAGCGCACUGGAAUCGCUUCAGGAUUCCUCCAGGAGGCGGGAGCAGGAGCUGUACGAGCAGCUCACACAAGUCACUGCCCGCUACACGGUCACAAGCGAGGAGCUCGAGCGCCUUCAAGCUGAUACCGCGCGGAAGGAAUCCGAGUACAUCCACAACACUGUCUGUCUCAACGCUGAGCGCGAAAACCUCAAGAUGAAGAUUAGUGAGAUGUCUGAUACGGCUGCGCAGCAGCGGCGCACCCAUGCUAACCACGCAGAGCAGCUGCGCGUGGAGGCGGAGCAGAUGGAGGGCCGUCUCACCGAGGAGUGUCAGAUGCAGCAGUCUGUGCGCGCGAAGGAGCACGAGCGCGCCAACAUGGCGGAGCGUAACGUGUGCCGUCUGCAGGAACACAUUCGGGAAAUGGACCAGGCAGCUCGCAUGGACAGCCUGACGCAUGACGAGGCCGUGAAGGCACUGCAGGCGGAGAGCCGAGACCUCCGCAGUGAGCUAAGAAUCGCGAAGCGCACGAUUGAGCGCCUGGAGUGCGCAAUCGGUGACCAGGCUGGGUACCGCCAACUGACGGAGCUGAACGACAAGCUCACAAAGGAGUUGCAGGUGUACCAACGCAAUGUGUCCACACUGAAGGAUAAGACGGUUGCUCUGCAGGUGGAGGCGGAAACCAUGGGCGGGUACAAGGUCAAGAAGGCGCAGGAAGAGAAGGAGCUGAUGGCGCGCCGGCUGCAGCAAAUGGAGCGGCGAUACCGUCUCCUCGCGCCCCUCUUUACUCAGCUUCGAGUCCUCGUCGAGACCCACCUCGCCUCUUACAUGCACCCUGAGCUGCACGCGACCCUGGAGGAUUACGACCGGCAGACGUCGCUGAUGCCAUCCAACCCUCCUGAGGGCAACUGCAAGGAGGCUGACGCUGCACUGGACGCCGCCGCGACCACCGCCCCUGUCUUUGCUGCAGCUGUUCAGGAAAACUGCGCUGCCACUAUACCGACAGUGUUGCAGCCUCGCCGACCCGCCUCUCCCAGCACAGGCCACAACAAAUUUCUCAAGGAUUAUUCCAUCCGCUCUAGCCGCAUCGUGACGGGAACGGAUGCAGGCGACGCUGCCUUUGUCCGCUUACCUCCGAUCUCCAAUGUUUGA